ACAAACGUGUGUUCCUGUGUAGUUUGGUCAUUGUGCUCUGGUUUAACUGACUUAAUAAAAUAUUAUCCGGCAUUCAGAUACAUGCAACUUCAGGCACGUCCAUUAGAAAUAACUUUCUUUGUUGCCGUUAGUAACGGUCACGUUGCCAACAAUCGUGGUUGUUUACCAUAGAGGUCGGUGUCACUUGUCCUCGGAUCAAUGGCGUCCUGUGUAACAGAGUGGAUAACAUCUUGUUCCAACAUCAUUCUCUCUGCCACAGCAUUGUACUCUUCUUACAGAUUAUUUAAGGUAGGUGUCAUUCAGUGUAGUGCCAAAGUAAAUAAUUUACAAUUUACUAGCUUAAGCUUUUAGGGCUGAAACCAUGUCGAUUAUAGGAAAUUAUAUCGAUCUACUGAAUAAUCAACUAUGAUAACCAAGUAGCCUAACGUUACUCUUUUAAGUAAUUUUCCAAGCAAAAGUUCCAAACGUGAGGAUGGUCUACCUUUUAUUUUAUUGUAUAAUAAUGUUUAUCUUUGGUUAUUGGACUGUUGUUUGGGCAGAACAAGUAAUUUCAAUAUGGGCUCUGCAAAAUUGUGAUGGGCAUUUUUCACUAUUUUCUACUACUACGCAAGAAAAACAAUUGAAUCACAGGGCUCCUUCAGUAGGCCUCUUCCUGCUUGGACUCUCUGCAGCACUUUGCAUCUCACAUCCCUCCUGCUCGUACCUCACCUCUAUCCAGAGAGAAGCAGAGUGGGCUGGCGAGGUUCUGGCCCCAGCGCUGGUCACCUUCGACUUCCUGUGGCUCAGUGAAGACCACAACACGGCACAUAUUCUCCUGUGUGGCUCCUGUCUGCUGCUGGGAGUGUGUGACUGGCUCUCAGCAGAUGCUGUCACACUGAUGACACGCUGCCUGGGCCUGUCUUCCCUGUCCUGCUGCCUGACGGUGUGUCUGUUUGCCAGUAAUGCUUUAGGGGCCUUUGGCGGUGUGGCCCUCAGCCUCCCGCUACUUGUGGCUCAGAGGGUUGGAACAAACACUUUUGCUCCACUCUUGUCUCCAGCUGCAACUGAGGGACUCACCAAGUGGCUUUUAAAGGGCUCCAUGUCUGUUGGCUGUUGGGCCUCCACACAGGCCCUCAGCAAGUUUCUGUUGUAUGUGACUGACCAAUGUCAAAGCAAUUAUUAAUCAUUGAGCAAAAAUGGCAAACAUCUGCUUCCAUCUGCUCAAAUGUGAGGAUUUUCUGCAUUUUUCUUUGUUGCAUCAUUAUAAAUGCCUUAGGUUUAAGACUGGGAAAUGACAGGCAUUUUUUUAUUCAUUUCUUUUUAUUUAUGUCUUGUAGAAUGAAUUUAAAAAAUAAUCAAUAGAUUAAUCAAAAAUGAAAAUAAAAAUGUUUGCAGCACAAAUUCCUAAAUUAGAGGCCACAUCAACUUAAGAAUAACAUGCUUUUUCCAUAUGGAUGUUUAAGGACAGAAUACAAGCAGUUAUUAUUGAGCAAAACAAUUCGGGCUGAGAUAUAUGGAAAAAUGAAAGUCAAAUUGUCUGCAUGGUAAUGGAAAGUCAAACUGAAGCUAGCAUUUCCAAGGUAGUACCAAUUCAAUCUACUUUAUCGUAAUUUACAGUAUCUGCUUAGCAUAGACCUUGGCUGAACUUCAUUUGAACUUAGUUUAAAUAAAAGCACACAGUUAGACAAGACAUGGAUACCACUGAAAAAACUAAUUUGCAUGAGAGUACGUGAUCACAGUUUACAACUGAUAGCCCAUGGUGGCAUUAUGCAUCACUGUGAUGCAGCAAUGAACUUUUCAGACAUAUUAGAGUGCCCUGCUGACAUCUAUUAUGCUGUUCAAUUUGAAUUUAUAAUGUAGCCAGCAUGUGGGCAUUUUAAUUUGCUAUGUGAUCAUUUCAAAGAAUGUCUAGCAGGCUGUACUCAAUCUCCGGCCAGUGACACCUUCCACACAUCUUUCAAACAGUUUUAUUGUUGUUGAUUCCAAAAACCAUCAGGCUGCUUUAGAGUCUGGGUCCUAUUUGUUCUGCAGCUUCAGCAGUAUCACUGUUUAAAUAUCUGCAGUGGUCUAAGCUCUUGGGCCUGCUCCUACCUCAUCAUGCCCAUUUGUUACUUAACAGUGCGCUUCUUUAUUAUUACUUCCUUGGUUUUUGAUGGCUGUGAUGUUAACAGAAAUGACAUCAUCAGUUUAACUCUUUGUCCACAGUGUUGUCCUUGCAAGAUAAUAUUCCUCACAAAGAUGUGUAGUGGACACUGCAGAUUCUCUCUCAGGAUUUCAGAGUUGUGCGCAGCUGCCUCUACAGUUUUACUGCAGUACAUUAACAAGCCUCUGUGGCUGUGUUCCUGUCUGUGAGACAAUGCCUUUGUCAGAUCUCAGGGUACAGGUGGACAGGGACAUUUACAAGGUACUGUAUUCAAUAAUUAUGUGCACAUAUGUGAGUUUGGGGUGCCAUAAUGAUCAUGAUAAUUGUGCUGCCUGUGCUUUUUUCCGUAAUGAUUCAUCAUUGAGUUCAUGUCUUUUAAAAAUUUCACGUUUUACUUCUAUGUAUUCUUUUAUUUAAUUGCUUUUUGUAACAAAAAUAUGAAUAUGUCCUAAAGGGAAGAUUAAGUUAACAUAACUUGAAUAAAUUAUGUAAAUGUUGAUCAAAAAAACACUCCAGAUGUAAUUCCACAUUGCAUUUCAAAGAUCUCUUGGCUCAUGUUCAAGUGUCCAACUGUUGUACCAUUUAAGUCCUUGCAAACAUCUCUAUACUGUAUUUGCAAUAAGUGCAUUAUGCUGCAGUUUCUGAUUUUCAUGAGCACCUGGAACCUGACAUAGCUCAUCUACCUGUCUGCCUCUGGCCGCUGGUCUCAGCAUCAACCCCCUCCCUGGCUCAAUCAGUCCCCAUACCGAAUCUGUCACUUCAUUACUGCAGCGGAUCAGGAAACUGCACUGAGUACGUUUGCUGCAGAUGCAGCCUGUAGAUGGAGCAAAGUGGAGAGGAGGAGAAAGGGGAGGGGAGAGAACGGCAGAGAGGGAGUCACACAGGAGCUGCACACAGCGCUGGGAUGCUGUUGCAGCUCUGAGAACAAGGGCUGCAUGGGAAGGUUUGUCAUUGCCAACACAGAUGGAGUGUGAAAGGGGAAUACAAAUGACUGGGAUGUCAGAUUGCCAUCAUCAAAGAGGAAGAGAUUUGUGAUAAGGUAAAAAAAGAUAAACAUUUUAGCAAGAUCAUAGGGUGAUGGAUAAAAUAGAAGAAAAAAAGUAGUCUCUGGAGAAGUCCUGAUGUAUCGAGACCAGUUUUUACAUUAAUGCAUCCUAUGAUUAUUGACAAGACUUGAGUGUUACAGUAAUACAAGGAUAAGAAAUAGAACUUUGUCUGCUUUUCUGCUGCAUGAUUGAGAUAUAUGCGAGUUAAUCUGUCUACAGGGACUCUUGGACAGCGUAGAGAUGUACGCCUUCUACUCCCUGUUAGUCUACAUCUUCUACACUGUCUUUAAGAAGGAAGAGGAGGAUGAAGCUUUGGAGGGGGCUCAUGGAUCUUCCUCAGACGAACCAGGACCUGUUUCCAUGGAAACAGGGAGCAGGAGGAGAAAUAGCCACACCUCCAAAAUGGGUAAAAAGGCUUGUGCUCGGCUUGGUGAAUCCAGCAGUAGCAGUGACAGUGAUGAAAUGUCUCUGAGUGAUGAAGGCGAGGACAAUGGCCCAGACAUCCCAGCAUGCACUCCUCUGGCGGCUUUUCUGUCCUUCAAGCAGGAGGCCGAGAAGAAGAGGGCCUCACAGGUUCAGCUGGAAACAACAGGAAAGUUGACAGAGUCUCCCCUGGUGGCAGUGAUGUCCCACUUGCUGAGUUUUCUGGAGCAGUACUCUCACUUCCAGCAACUGCAGCAGCAGGCCGACCAGUACCGGGUGCAGCUGAAAAGGCACCGCGUUCAGCACCGCCGCCAGAUGAAGGCUCUGCGAGCGUCCUACCGCCAACGCCUCAGGGACAAGAGCAGCAUCAUCAGCAGCCUGGAGGAGACCAUCAGCCAGCAACAGACCCCCAGUCCAAUGAGCGAGGGUGAGUCCAGCAGUGAUGCAGGGACACAAGCUGGGGUUCACCGGCUGGUUGAGUCUCUGUACGGUCUACAGGGCGAGAGGAGUAAGCUGAGAGGAGAACUCCGUCUGCUGCACUCACAGCUGGAGCAGAAGGAAAGGGACAGACACUCUCGCAUACAGGCCUUUCAACAGCAGAUUGAUGAGCUCAAGAGUUGCAUAGAAGAGCGUGAGGAGGAGCUGUCAAGACUGAGAACAGCCACCGGGGCCACAGACUCAGAGAAGCGGGUUCUAUGUCUGUCAGCAGAGAACGAGAGUCUGAAGCAGAACCUGAGCGUUACCCAAGGCCUCCUACAGCAGCUGUCCACCAUCCCCUCCCAGUCCAGCACCAUGCUCAUCAAGGAGAAUGAAAACCUGCGCAGCAGAGUGCAGCAGCUGGAGAUGUCCCUACAGCAGCGUGCUGAGCAGCUGUCGCAACUGGAGCGUCAGAGCGAACAAAGCGAGUGGAGAAGAGGAGAGGAGCUGAGGAAACGAGAGGACCGAGUGAGGGAGCUCCAGCUGGAGUUGGACAGAGAGAGAGGCAAGGAGCCAGUGGUGAAGUAUGUCACCCAGACUGUGGAGGUGGAAUCACCAGCCACAUUAAAGCAGCUGACCAAAGCCAGACAGAGGAAUGAACUGCUGUCCGAUAAACUGUCCAAUCAGAAUGAGCGGUGCAAACAGCUGGAGGAACACAUCAGGAAGUCCGAUGAAUACAGCUGUAAUCUGCAGCACAAGAUUGCAGCGUAUGAGCGAGAAAUCAGUAAACUGAGAGAGGAGCUGUUGAAAGAGAUUGGCCACUUGGAGGAGAGGAAGGAGGAGGCUGUGAAGGCUGCAGCCACCUGCUCAGCCGAGCACUUUCAGAACCUGCAGGACCAAUUUUUCAGCUUGCAAAAGCGUCUGACUGCGCUCCCUCCAACUUUACGCUCCAUGAAAACAGACUACACCAGUCUGAGGAGCCAGGUUCGAAACUUCUCAGACUUUUACGGAUCGGCGAUCAGUGACGCAAAAAAACAGAUUUCAGCAGCGAUCAGUGAGAUGUCUGAAGCCAACAAAGAUCUCUUGGAGAAAUAUAGGAAGGAGGUCGCACUGCGCAGGAAGUACCACGAGCAGCUGGUGGAGCUUAAAGGCAACAUUCGCGUGCUGUGUCGUGUGAAGCCUGUGUUGAAGGAGGACCAGCAUGAGGAGGGCCAGUCUGUGGUGGUGACCACGGACCCCAACAACGAGUCCUCGCUCAAUGUGCUGAACAAAGGGAAGGGUCGCAUUUUCGAACUGGACAAGGUCUUCCAGCCUCAGGCCACACAAGAAGAGGUCUUUCAGGAGAUUGAGCCUCUUGUGACGUCCAGCAUCGAUGGCUACCAUGUCUGCAUAUUUGCAUAUGGACAGACUGGCUCUGGAAAAACCUACACAAUGGAGGGCAGUGUGGAGAACCCAGGCAUCAACCAGCGAGCCCUGAAGUAUCUCUUCAGUGAGAUCGAGGAGAGGAAGGACAUGUGGUCUUACACGGUCACCGUCAGCUCUGUGGAGAUCUACAACGAGGUGCUAAGGGACCUGCUGAGUAAGGAUGGAGAGAAACUGGAUAUUAAGAUCAACCCGGACGGAACAGGACAGCUGCACGUGCCGGGCCUCAGGGUUAUCGAAGUUAAGAGCUUUCAGCACAUCAAGAAGAUUUUAGCCACAGCCCGAAGGAACAGGAUCACCUUCGGCACUCAGAUGAACCAGCACAGCUCCCGCUCCCACGCUCUGCUCUGCAUCACCGUUCAGGGCACUGACCUUGCCACCGGGUCCAAAACCACCGGCAAGUUGAACCUGGUGGACCUGGCUGGCUCGGAGAGGGUAUGGAAGUCUGGUGCAGAGGGAGAGAGGCUGAAAGAGGCCCAGAAUAUCAACCGCUCCCUGCUGUCACUGGGAGACGUAAUUCAGGCACUGAGAGCUCGGCAGACUCAUAUCCCUUUCAGGAACUCCCGCCUUACAUACUUAUUACAAGAUUCCCUGGGCAAAGGCAGCAAGACCGUCAUGGUGGUGCAGGUAUCUGCUCUGGAGAGUAAUGUGGGAGAGACAUUGUGCUCACUGAAGUUUGCCCAGAGGGUUUGCAAGGUGGAACUGGGUCCUGCAGCCAGGAAGAUUGAAUCUGGUGGAGGACAUUACGACUGACAGCCUUGAAUCAGCCACUUCCUGUUCCCAGUGAUCACCAGGAAGCCAUGAAUCCACCAGUUUUUAAGAUUAUCACCCACCCACCCAACAAACACGCAACAGUAUCAACAAGAUGAACAGCAAUCCUGCUCAAGGGCUAAAUCUGUGGAGGUCUGUGUGGCACCCGAACGCCAACCUUUGAUUGAGGUUAGGUAUCGAGGCCUCCUCUUUGCCAUUCUGACAAGUGAUAACCCAUUACCAUUAGCUAAUCUGCAUGCAGGAGUAUGUAUUCUUCCACUCUAAAUGCCAGAACAACCUCUGACUACAAUAGCUCAGUUUCCUUUUAUUAAAUACUAAAAUCCAGGAUUUAUCUUAUCAGCUUUUCAUCACAGUAUUUAGAGCAUCAUGUUUAAACAGGUUCAACCAGCUUCCAGAGCAACAUCAACACUUCUGUUUUUGCAGUAUUAACCAUCUUGUUAUAAAUGUCUGUAGUUUGUGAGCUUCAUCUCCAAUGUUGUAUAUUUUGGAAGAUGGUAGUAUGUAGGAGAAGCUGUUUUGUUGUAAAGGUAUGGCUAUAUAUCAUUUCAACAACACUUAAGUCACAUUAAGUGUAGUUUUUGUGAAUUAUGUUAUUUUUCCAGAAAAGCUUUUUUUCGUUUCUCUUUUCGCCUUCUGAGAACGGAGGAAAGCGGUUGGCAGGUGGCCUUGUAUUAAGAGUGGUUACAUAAUGAACUGUGCAAUACUCUCCUUAUUAAGGAGACAGUCUGGGCCUAUGUGGACAGAAGAUGCACUUUAUUGUGGAAUAAUGGAGCAUUUAAGUUCAGAACAGGUAUUUAGGUGCUUGCAAUAUAUAUCACUAGUAUGUCAUACCAAAAACAGCAUAUUGUUAUCUGUUCAUUGUUCCUCUAUUUAUCACCCAUUGGAUCAAAGCUACAUUGAUUCAAAAGUAGCAAGUCAUUAAUGUUACAGUAACUAUCAUGAGUACAUAGGGGUCAAUUGAUUAUGACUAGAGAGUGCAUUUUCAGAUUUUCUGAAUAAAUGUGAUGUAUUUAAAAAGUAUCUUUUGUCUUAUUGGAUGCUCCGCGGCAAAACAAUUAAAUAAUUAGGCGUGACACGUAACAGCAACAGCUAUCCCUUGAACGUCUCUGGAUGUAGGAGGCCAUUUUUGCCAAUUUGGCAAUCAAAUGGGUAGGACUGCUUUAUGAAAAUACUUAUGUUUUUUAAUUCAUUACUUUAUUAUUUUAUGUUUUUGUGUCACUGUGAUGAAGUAUUUCUUUCCAUACUGUACUAUUUUACAAUAUAUAUCUAUAUCAUGAUAUAUUACAUAUGCCGUGAUAUGAUUUUAUCCAAAUCGUACACCCCUACUUUCAAAUAAAGGCAAAAUUCAUGAUUAUAAUCAGGCUUUUGAAAAAUUGACAUUAUU